AUGGCUGAUUUAGAAAGCAUCGCAGUGUAAGUGCAAAUAUGAACUGAAAAUACUGUUCAUUGCUAAUAUUGCCACGUUUUUAAAUGGACUCACUUUCUCACAGAUAUACGUCAUUUUCAUUUUGAAUAGGUUAUAAGGGGAUUGCUAAAAGAAAACGAUGCCAAAACAUAUAUAUGUUGGGAAAUUGAUAAUUUUAUAAUUAAAAGUUAAUAUUUUUAGGCGAUUUUUCAUUUGUAAAAAUAUUCCUAAAAAAUUAUUGUGUUACCAUGACAACUACUUUAGAUACCUCAUGUUCGGAAAAUCUAUUAUCAGGCCAAAAAAAAUGUGGGUUUCCGGACCCUAAAACUUUUUUAUUGGAUCAUGCUUGUAAGUGUUUCCACUUAGAGAGAAAAGUUUGUGGAAAAUUGAAAUUUGAGGCAAUAUUAGGGAAAUUUAUCUUUCGACAUGAAAGCACUGACUAAACAAAAUGGCGUCCAGUUGUUAGGAAAAUUAGAAAAAAAGUUUUAAAAAAAAAGUUAAAAACUUAGGUAGGGUAGGUCGGUUUUAUAAGAAACCAGAAACCCACAUAUUAUUUUUUUGCCUCAUUAUAAAAUAGGCUGGAUCGAUAUACCGGAUAUAUCCGAUAUACCGGUAUUUGUUUAAAUACCGGUUUGGCGAUAUUGACAAUUUAAAAAUAGCGAUAUACCGACAUUUUGGUAUUUUGCUGCCUAAUACCGAAAUGAAACGCUAUUUCAAGUCAAACUUGCUUACAAUCACGUUUAGAAAGCAAAGUUAAUACUCACAGAUGCAUGACAUGCAUGAAAACCUUUUCUGGCUUUUCAAGUUUUUUUAUCGGGCAGUAUGAGAAGGUAACUUUUUGUUGUUUUUAAUCUUAUUUAACUGCCAUGCUAACUUGUUUGUGUUAGUUUUAAAAAUGCAACGUUUUUUAUGUUUAUAACUAUUAGCAGCUUACUGAAACACUAUCUGAAUUUAUAUAGCUACAAAACGAAUAUUUUUCUGAAUGAUUCAACACUUCGACGCCCUACUAAUAAUUGCUGCUUAGCGCUGUUAAUUGUUAACAUAGCUUGAUAAUGCGAAUCUUGUGACAUCUGCACUAAUAACAGUAUGUGCCAUAUUAAUAUUUUGUCAAAACUCGAUUUUUCUUGACGGUCAGCACUUCAGUUUGGCUUAAAAAAAAAACACAUUAAAAAUACUGGAAUACCGGUAUUCGGUAUUUGCGAUAUCGAUCCAGCCUAUUAUAAAAUGCAAACUUGUUCCCAGUUCCCAGGUAAUUUUGCAGAUACAGCAGUUUAUGAAAAGGUGUGUAAAGUGCUGAAGAAAACCUCACUGGUUAAAGGAAUAAAGAAAGCAUCAUCUAUUGCCCAAACAAGUUGUCUGGAGGGCUUCCAUUCAGUGUUUAACCAAUUUGCUCCCAAAAUGAUAGCUUACUCAUACCAAGGAAUGUACUGCAGGUAAACGUGCACUGUAUUGUAUGUGUAUAUACUGUAAACUUAUCUUUCAUUCCUAACCAUUUGCAAUUGGGAAAAAUGUAUUCAUAGAUCCUCUGGCAGUAAUCAAACCAGAGACUGGGCAUUCUGGUGCUUGUGACCACACUGACAGAGUCCAGUUGCUAAGAUGCAACUUUAAUUCAUAUUAGGAUGACUCCAAUGGUCAGAGCACUGCAUUAGAAUAUACUACUGAAUAUUGCAAGCCACCAUUUCAAGCUACAUGGUUAAUUUAAUACAAAUAUCUUGGUUUUCAGGCACAUAAUCGCAGCUGUUUAUUUUAACAUCAAUCUUCACCGCGAUAAUCGAAAAAAUGAAGAUGGCAGUGAGCAGAUGAAAGUGGUUUCUCCAAAAUUUAAAAAUGGAGAAGCUACAGUGCAAAAUGUCAAAGUGAAACCAAAUUAUGGUAUAAACUAUCUAUGAACUGUACCAAGUGACUGAAAAACAUAAAGAUGGUUUUAUUUUUAUUAGAUUAUGUUGAAGAAAUGUUCAAAAAAAUUAAAGGUAGCAAGAAAAGAGUUGGAGACAAUGGCACCUGCUCCCAUGAACACUAUGCUAGAAAAGCAGCCACAAAAGGAAGCAACAGAGGCAUGGAGAAAGAGAAAAUCAAUGGUUGUACAAGAGGUCCCAAGGACUUUGCAAG